UUCAUAACAGACAAAAUUAAAAUUACAGUAGAAAAAGAACAAAAAAAAUUUAAAAUGUUAAGGAAUUUCAUUUUAAAACUACAAAAUAAUACCACGAAAAUAAAGUGUAAUCAUCACACACGAAGUUUUACACAAACGUCGACACCCGGUAAAACUACAGCGGCCGUGCAACAGCCACAACCGGUAGAGGACUAUGAACUACAAAAGGAGCAUAUUCAGGAAGCUAUUAAGGCGACACCUACUUUAGCAAAUGUAUCACCGGCAAUGUGGCAAAGAGCACACGAAACAUUUCUUAAUCAUGGCAUUACAACAAAUAGUUUCUUACAAAUCGUAACCGGCAAUCCAAAAGUUCUAAUGCGUUCGCCCCGUAAAAUCGUGGACACUUUGGAACAUUGGCGUUCCUGUCAGUUUGGUGAACACUUUCUUUUUCUUCUUAUCACCAAAUACCCCUUCCUAAUGGAUGUCGAUGACAAAAGGCGUUUGCUAACACAAAUUUCCUUUUUACAAUCGUAUGUUAGUACCAGCAAAAAUGUUUGGAAGCUACUUAUGAAUUGUCCUACUUUAAUCGAACAAACAGAAGCAUCAAUUGAAGCCAAGAUAUUGUAUAUGAAAGAGAAAAUGCGCAUUGAAAUACCAGAAAUUGUUAAAUCAGAAGCAUUGAGUCAAUCUUUGGAUGACAUUAGAUGUCGACAUAUUUUCAUGGAACGAUUAGGCCUAUUUAAACCAAGGCCUUUGAAAGCAGAUCCUAAUGAACCAUCGAAAAACCCACGCUUGUAUAAAAUUACCGACACUUCGGAGAAAACAUUUGCCACAAAAGUGUGUCAUGUAAGUGUGGCAGAAUAUGAGGCAUUUAAGGAACUGUAUGCCAGAGAAUUGGAAAGAAUUCAAGAAGAAGAAAAUGAGGAUGACGAAGAUGAUUUGUUAAGUGAUGAAGAGAAGUAAUAAAAUGAUGUAAAAAUAAA